CCUUUGUACACGAGCGGGAAAUUUGAAUCGGAUGAUUUCUUUUCAGUCAAAAUCAAUACAUAUGCCAUGAAAAUACGAAAGUCGCAAAUAAUACCUUAUACAUAUUAUUAUCAUCACCUGGCGUGAACUUAUUGUUCUUUUGCCUUUGUUAAAAUAAGAAGGGAUUUUUUUUAUCACGAGUGAUCGCAAGAACAGAAAAAGAAUUUUUGGCAGAGAGCCAAUACUAAUGUCCAUCAGAUUAUUCUUAAACAGGGGCUUAUACUGUGUGGCAGUAAAGGGAUUCGGAAAAUCAAAGUCCUUCCUUGUACAAUCAAAUACGACCCGUGAAUAUAAAAAGUUUUUUGGAAGAAUGAAAUUUGCAAAAUUAUCACAAACUGAAGAUUUGAUGCCAACUCUAGGAUUAGGUACAUGGCAGGCUUCAUCAGAUGUUAUAGAAUCCAUUGUUUAUAAAGCUUUGGAAUUAGGCUAUCGGCAUAUCGAUACAGCAUUUAAUUACAACAACGAAGAAGCUAUCGGAAGAGCAAUAAAAAGGUGGAUUGAAGAUGGAAACGGUUCAAGGAAAGAUUUGUUUAUCACAACAAAGCUGCCACAUGUCGGUAACAGAGCUUCCGACGUGAAAAAGUUCGUCGAUCUUCAACUCGGUCGAUUGCAGCUGGAGUACGUGGACUUGUAUUUGAUACAUGUGCCGUUUGCUUUUCAUUGCGACCCGGAGACGUUGACACCAGUUGUGAAACAAAAUGGGGAAUAUGAGCUGGAUAUGGAGACUGAUCAUGUCAGCACUUGGAAGGUGAUGGAAGAGUGCCAGAAAGAGGGUCGCAUCCGAAAUCUUGGCUUGUCAAACUUUAACGAGCACCAAAUAGCCAAGUUAAUGAAAGCGUCAUCUUUCAAGCCGCAAGUACUGCAAGUGGAGUUACAUGCGUACUUCCAGCAGGUGGCGUUGCGGAAGUUUUGUGAGGAGAACGAUAUAGUGGUCACUGCGUAUGCGCCGCUUGGCAGCCCGGGCGCGAAGGACCAUUUUGUAAAUAAGUAUAAUUACAGCCCGGAUAAAUUCCCAGACCUGCUGGGGCACCCAGAGGUAAAAAAUAUCGCGGAAAAGUAUGGCAAGACGACGGCACAAGUGCUCUUGCGCUUUUUAGUGCAGGAGAAGGUCGUUGUCAUUCCUAAAAGUACUAGCGAGAAUAGGAUUAAGGAAAAUUCGAACAUCUACGAUUUCGAAUUGACUCCAGCUGAAAUCAAUCGUUUAAGAAAGUUGGACAAAGGCGAGGAUGGACGUAUUUUCAAUUUCUUGUUCUGGAAAGGAGUUGAGAACCACCCGGAAUACCCAUUUAAAAUAUCGGAAAUAACUGCAUAAGCCUGUCAUAAAUUCCCAAUAAAGAUGUUUAAAGUUAUGGCACAAAUACGCCAGAUUUCACCUUCAUUCCUUUAAUAUGUGGGAAAAAUAUCGAACAUUCUAGUCAUUAUUUACCUCAUUAUGUUUUAAUUAUUUAUUUUGCCAUGUAGGACGAUUAGCUUGAGUAUGGGAUGUGGUAACCACCAGUGAGAAUUUGUGAUGUAACUUAUAGGGUUAGUGUUGAAAACAGAGUUGGACUUCAAAGAAGGAUGAUUGCGUUAUUUUAUUUUAAAUAAAAUAGUUUU